AUGCGGCCGGGGGGCGAUGUGGGCGGCGCGGAGCCGGCGGUAGUGCCCGCACCGGGCCCCCCCGGGAGCAUGGGCUGCAUCGGCUCCAAAACCACCAUCGUGGCCGUGGACACAACGCUGUGUGUGGAGUGGAAGGAGGUGAAGGCACUGUCACCCCUGAGUAUUGCCCGCCCGCUGCCCCGGCUGGUGCGCCAGGCCUCCUUCGACAGCCAGGACUUCCUCCAGGUCAAUGUUGAGGACACUGUCGAGAUGCUGCCCAAGUCACGGCGCGCGCUGACCAUCCAGGAGAUCGCUGCCCUGGCCCGCUCCUCGCUGCAUGGCAUCUCGCAGGUGGUGAAGGAGCACGUGACAAAGCCAACGGCAAUGGCACAGGGCCGUGUUGCCCACCUCAUCGAGUGGAAGGGCUGGUGUAAGCCAGUGGAGUCACCUUCCGCUCUGGAGAGCGCCUUCAGCUCCUACUGCCACCUGAGCGAGGGCGAGCAGGAGGCGCGAUUCGCUGCUGGUGUGGCGGAGCAGUUUGCCAUUGCUGAGGCCAAGCUGCGAGCCUGGUCCUCAGUGGAUGGGGAUGACUCCAAUGACGAGUCCUACGAUGAGGACUUCAUGCCCUCCACAGAGAGCUCCCAGCCCACCGAGCUGACAGGCACGAUGCCCGCUAGCGCGCUGCUGCGAGACCUGCUGCAGGGCCACCUGUGCCAGCUGGGCGUGCGGCACGGCUCCUGCGAGCCCGAGAGCGACUCCUCGCACACCCUCUCCCCUGAGACUCUCUGCUCCAGCCUCUGCAGCCUGGAGAUGGUGUCCCCCUCUGAACUCACUGCCAAACUGCUGGGCUCCCUGGGGGGAGAGGACCUGCUGCUGCCCAAGCUGCCGCCCCCAGCCAGCCAAAGUGCCUUGCGGGGCCUGGCACGGCUCCGGUGCCAGGACUCCCUCUACUCCGUGUCCUACGCCGAAGCCUGUCUCUCACCCACGGAGGACGAGGUGGUGCUGAGCAAGGACUUCCCGCUCCGCCGGAAAAUCUCUGACGUCGCCUCCUCCGGGGUGGCAUCACUGGAGGAGGAGGAGGAGGCCGAAGAGCCCUGAUGCCUCCUGGGGUGCCCUGCCUCUCCUGGUGGGGGUCCAGGUCCCCUGCUGAAGCCCUCUGGCGAGACCCCACGCUGGGUGAGGGACAGGCCCUGCCGCUGCUCCCCCUCGCUAUCCGGGUGCAGGAGGGGUCCGGGGGCCACUGCAGCCCCCCAGCCAGCGUGCCCCCACUGUGCCCCAGCCCUGCUUGGCCAUAUCGUUGACCUCCUGGAUUUUUGCAUGAGAGCAGGGAAGGGGCGCAGAGAAGGGCUUGAGGGAGUCUGUCCUCUGCCCUGAUGCCCAGAUGUGCCCCCAAAAACUGACAAGACUAAACAAGUGGGGCUGGUUGUUCGCAUGUUCUCCCCCAAACCACCCUGGGCUCCCCUUUUGGGCACAGUUCUCUCCCCCACAAUGGCAUGGCUGAAAAUCUCCAAUCAUCCUGUGGUGCCUCUACCACCCCAAGCCAGGGUGGUGGUGGGGGUUUUGCUGUGGGAAGGGCUUUUCUCCUCUCUCCCUGGCCAACUUCUAUUGGACCGAGUUUAAAACUGUGAA